GGUUGAUUCGAAGCCACGUCAAUUUCACAGGGGUCGAGUAGUCGAUCAAAGGUAAAGUCCGCGAAUAAGAUACUGGAGUCAACAUGGGUGACAUAGAUACAAAUUGCAUGACCCUCACUAGGUUUGUUUUGAACGAGCAGCGAAAGAUUCCUGGGGCCAGUGGAGAUCUUACUCAGUUGUUAAAUGCAAUCUGUUGUGCUAUCAAAGCAGUAUCUUCAGCAGUAAGAAAGGCCGGGAUUGCUCAAUUAUAUGGUAUUGCAGGUGAUACAAAUGUUUCUGGAGACCAACAGCAAAAAUUAGAUGUGAUGGCAAAUGAACUGUUUGUUAAUAUGCUGAAAUCAUCUUACACAACCUGCCUUUUGGUAUCUGAAGAAGAUGAAACGGUUAUUGAGGUGGAAACUGAAAGGCAAGGAAAGUACAUGGUUUUCUUUGAUCCACUGGAUGGCUCAUCAAACAUUGAAUGUCUAGCUGCUAUUGGCUCUAUUUUUGGAAUUUCAAGGAAGGAACAUGAUGGACCACCAACCAUAGAAGAUGCUCUCCAGCCAGGAAGAAAUUUUGUUGCAGCAGGGUAUGCACUGUUUGGAAGUGCAACAAUGGUGGUGAUAACAACUGGACAUGGAGUCAAUGGAUUUACACUUGAUCCAUCCAUAGGUGAAUUUGUUCUCACACAUCCAGACAUAAAAAUGAAGCCACGUGGCAAGCCUAUCUACAGUAUAAAUGAAGGAAAUGCUUGUUUGUUUGAUGAAGGAGUUACUAAAUACUUAGAAUCUAUCAAAUUUCCAAAGGAUGGUAAAUCUCCAUAUGCAGCUCGUUAUGUUGGCUCAAUGGUGUCAGACAUGCACAGGACAUUAGUGUAUGGAGGAAUUUUCAUGUACCCUGGAAAUAAGAAGAACCCUCGAGGAAAGCUGCGCCUUCUGUACGAGUGUGCACCAAUGGCAUAUAUCAUCGAACAAGCUGGUGGAAUGGCCUCAGACGGCAAACAACCAGUCCUAGAUAUCAAACCAAAGGAACUUCAUGAGAGAUGCCCUAUCUUCAUUGGAUCAGCAGAAGAUGUUAAAGAUUUCCUCAAGUUUAAUUCAGCAUAGUGCCCUAUUUCUUACAGUGUCUUUCAUGAGAAAUGAAGAGUAACAUGAAUUUAAUGCAGUUACUGUUAGUAGUACCUCAGGCGUUAUUUCAUGACUGUUUUUCUGUAGUGUUAGUAGUUAGGCAGCAGACUAAAGUGGUGAAGGUUAUUCAAACUAUUUGUAGGCUAUUAGAGUACUUUAUAUUUGUUAUUUAACAGUGCUAAUAAAAAGAGGGUUAUUUUUUAUCUAUAACCAUGGCAGCAUGGGGUUGUGUUGACUGUUUGUAAAUAAAUGCUUACUUAGCGAA